AGCUUCGAUCGCCAGAAGCUCAUGGCUGCAUUGCUCUCGUAUCUCGGCCGCACCCCAGCCGCAACACGCACUAUGUCCAUUCCGGUCCUCAGCAGCACUGACGGGCUUGGCAUGCAAGACAGGGUCACUUGCGCCAUGUUUGUGUCCUUGUUUGCGGUAUGACUCGCAGUCUCAUUGCAGGCAUUCAUUGACGUGCAAUAUACCUGCUUUAAGGCAAUGGAGGUACUGCACAAUGACUUUGACCGAGGUAGCUUCCGGCCCAAUACAGAUGCUACCUUACUCCGUCACAUCGUGGUCGUCAUGCGUCCGACAACCGGAUUUUCUACGGACACGGAUCUAAUAACUCCGUCCACAACGCUCGACGCUGCUCAAGUCAUUUUUCUUCGACAUCCACAGACCAUGACGUGGUGUUGGAAGCUCUGGAAUGACCCGCGUAUCGCUCACGCGGAAACAAUCGAUCAAUUGACUGCGACCUGGUUGUACCAUGUCGGAGAGCCAUUUGAAGAAGACGGCACUAGCCGCGUUGCAUUUGGGAACACCGAUGUAUUGACUGCUCUGGAAGCGAACCCCGCGACUGCCUGUGUUGCCUUGACAAGAUUCAUAAAUCGCAGCAUAUCUGUGAUCUCUGCCGGCAGCAAACAUCUACCACCUGCUGUCCUGGGCGUCAUCUACGAAGCAGUGUCUGCUUGUGCGACAUAUCUGCUGACUGAAGGCGAAAAUGGGGGUAGCUUGAUUACAGAGCUUUGCGCUUCAUUCGGACAAUUAUUCCUUCAUCUGCGUCAAGGACCUGUCACCACCAUCACGAAAGAUGUCAUCCUCGAAGGCCUGUCAGCAGUGAGAACCGACACACUGCGGACUGCCAUGGAGAAGCUGCUGGGCUGCCAAUCAGAACUUAAGCUCAAACUCGAAGACAGUAAGUUUCUGAAGCUAAGCAGGGAAAACGACUUUCAAUUUCAUCCGUUGUCGUACUAGAUACUGCAGCGCUCACCAGGACGGUCUCCGACCAUCCUGAACACGAAGACGUUGAGGACACUGGAUAUCUGAUCUGAGGCAAACCUGCAGCUUUGGACGCUCAUCUGGCGUAGCCGGCCCAGCUCGAUGGUGCUGAACAAUUACAGCGCCUUGCUUCGUGGUCUUGUUGACUGCUUGUCGACCGGUAACACUAGUUCGGACAGCUUGAUGCCACUGCG